AUGCUUUGCCUUAUAAUUUUAACAAAAACCCAAUUCCUCGUUAACAGAGCAAAGCUAGCGCAAGGAAAAGUUGCGGAUAGUAAUGGAGGAUACUUGAAACCAGCGUCGUUAAUGUAUGCUUUGAAAUGGGAUUGCGAGCUUGAGAGUGCAGCCUAUAUACAUGCAACAGCCUGUUCAUUACAAAUGUCCGCUCCUAGCACUCGCCCUGGUAUUGGGGAAAAUAUUUUUACAGCAUCAAAUCGUGAUCUGAAUCACAUAACAAUGGCAGAAUUGGCUACACAAAUUUGGUGGACUGUCCCUACAAAGUUUAAUCUCAAUAAUACAAGAUAUAUGGAGAUGGAUGCUGACUUGUUUCCAGCUUGGAGUCAAGCCGUAUGGUCGGAGACAAGUAGAGUAGGUUGCUACUCAUACGCAUGUCCAAAUGGUCGAUUUUUAGUGUGUCGUUAUGCAGAAGGAGGCAACAUCAUUGGUAAAUCUAUCUACCGCAUUGGUGUCCUAUGCUCAACGUGUACGCAUUUCUGCGUUGAUGAUAGCAGCUCCGUAUAUUACGGACUGUGUGUUACCUCCGACUAG